AUGGCAUCCAACGUGAAGGGCGCUCCGAUGGAUGACAACAUGCCCUUGUCUCAGAUCGUGCGCGCUCGAGCGCCCGGGGCGGCCGAUCCGGUGACGGGGCCCAGGGGCCAGAAGGAGAAGGCGCCGAAGGGGGCCAAGGCGGCCAAGGCCGACAAGACGCCCAAGGCUGAAAAGGAUGCUUCAGACCAGAAGGAGCCCAAGGGCGAGAAGCAGCCCAAGGGCCAGAAGGAGUCCGAAGACUCGAAGGGCCCCGUGGCCAAGGCGGCGCCCAAGACAGAGUCCAAGACACCGAAGGAGCCCAAGGACCAGGCUGCGGUCAAAGCCCAGGAGCUCAAGGACCAGAAGGGCUCCGCUGUCUCGCAGCAGUCGAAGGCCUCGCAAGCGCCGCAUGCCUCAACGGCGGUGGCGACGGCCGCGGCGGCUGCUUCUAAGCGCCCAGCCCCCUUGUCGAAGGAGGAAGAGGCGAGGCGGCUCCGCCGCAGAGGCGCCGCUGAGCAGAUAACUUUGAUGAUGGCGCUGCCGCGGGCGCCAGCAAAGGCGCCCCGCCCGUCUGCGCCUGAUGACCUGGCGGCGUCGCCCAUGCCGUCUGGUGCACCUGAUGAGAUCAGACCCGCCCCUGGGAAGCAGCUCCUCGAUGGGCCACCGCCGCCGUCGUUCUCACUCCCUGAGAGCGUGCUAUCGGCCGACCACCCCCGCGAUGCCAGCGGCGCGGGCGCCGCGGCCGCUACGCCUGAGUGGCCAGCGCCGUUUUGCGAUGGCACGGCCACGCCCACCGCAGCAGACAUCGCGCCACCAACGCCAGACGCUGCUGAUGCGGCCGCGGCUUCGGAAGCCGUUGCGCCUUCCUUCGACAGCCAGACCUUCGACGACGGGGUUGAUUCCGCCGCCGGCGGCCAGGGCAAACCGCAUGCUGCUGCCGCCGAGUCAGGAGAGCCGAUGAGUGAGGAACCCAUUGACUUGGACGCUGACACGCCCCCCUUCGCAGGCGCGGCCGCGGUGGGCUCUGGCGAAGCCGUCGAGGAGACAGGCGAUCAGCCGCUUCCAACGGCGCCAAUGGAGCGCGAUGAGGGCACUGAGCCGCAGCACGUGGCGGUCGGGCAAGGCCGCGCGUCCUUGGCGCCCGACCAGCUGCCCCUGGCGUCGCCCAUGGAGUGCGACCCUGCUUCUGAGGGAGGCGACGCGCCGCCGUCAGCAGCACCCAUGGCGUGCGAGGAGGGCAACGCUGAGCAGAUGGCGCACGCCAAGCAGCCGCCCGUGGAGCGCGAGAAGAGCGACGCUCAGCCUCCCUUGCGGCGCUGGCCGCGGCCGCCGCAGCUGCGCGGGCUGCGA